AUGCUGCCCACCAUUUUUCCGCCGGGCACUGACCAACCGGUGCCCGAAACACUCCCGGAGCUACGAGCUUAUUGCAAUUUAUACGGCAAAAAUUUUCCAUUCAUACUGGGUUACUUUAAAAAUUGCGUAGGGCCCUUUUCGCGAGCCGUGGCUAAAGUGAUCAUGUUCUCGGUGCGCAAACAGCAAGAUCUCGCCUGUAGGCCAGGCAAACCCAGUCGACAGGCCCGCGAGCUUAUGGCCGCCGGCGGGUGCGCUAAUAAGGCCCGGGAGGGGAUACGGGUGUGUAAUAAGCAAUUGGUUGACGCACUUCUCGGCACCAAAUUGGCACCGAUUAAAAGUCGCAUACCUAUGACUUGCUGCCACUCAAACGCUUACCGGAUGUGUUUGCGGGACACCACCGAAGACACGGUCGGCUGUACCGCACAUACCGUCGAUUGGGCCGAAAAGUUUGUGCUAAAAAUCAUGGGCUCAUCAAUAAGUCUGGUUUGCGGCGAGUAUUUCGAAGAGUCCGACAAAUGCCAUAAACUCAUGGCUCAAACGCCGGCCCCACCCGACACACCCCGCAACUCGACCAGGACGAAAAAUUUUAUUUUGCCCAUGCUAGAUUUGAUGGAAACUUUUCCCGAACUUUAA